AUGACAGCCUAUGGAAAACACUGCCCCUGCCCUCUGCCCUGUGUUCUCUGUAGUGGAGCUGGGCCGCUGUUUCUGAGCAGAGGCCAGGUCAAAGGGUUUGUGCUGGUGUUUGGCUGCUUGGUUCUGUCUGUCUUCUCUACCAUUCCAGAUCACCAGGAAAUGGCCUCUCAGAGUCUUCUGAUUUUGGAGUUUGUUAUGAUCGUUGUGUUUGGGUUGGAGUACAUCAUUCGCAUCUGGUCUGCUGGUUGUUGUUGCCGGUACAGAGGAUGGCAGGGACGUCUUCGCUUUGCAAGGAAGCCAUUCUGUGUCAUAGACAUAAUAGUGCUGAUUGCCUCAGUUGCUGUGGUUUCGGCGGGGAGUCAAAGCAACAUUUUUGCAACGUCUGCUCUGCGAAGCUUAAGAUUUCUACAAAUCCUGCGAAUGGUACGCAUGGACCGCCGCGGAGGAACUUGGAAGCUUCUGGGAUCUGUAGUUUAUGCACACAGCAAGGAACUGGUCACUGCCUGGUAUAUUGGGUUCCUUGUGCUCAUCUUUUCCUCUUUCCUGGUUUAUCUGGUGGAAAAGGAAUUCAAUAAAGACUUUGCCACCUAUGCUGAUGCAUUAUGGUGGGGCACGAUCACUCUAACCACUAUUGGAUAUGGGGAUAAGACUCCUAAAACCUGGACCGGACGAAUGCUGUCUGCUGGCUUCGCUUUGCUCGGCAUCUCCUUUUUCACACUGCCUGCGGGUAUUUUGGGUUCAGGUUUUGCCUUGAAGGUUCAAGAGCAGCACAGACAGAAGCACUUCGAGAAGAGAAGGAACCCUGCUGCCUGCCUCAUACAGUGUGUGUGGCGUAGCUAUGCGGCUGAUGAGAACUCGGUUUCCGUUGCUACCUGGAAACCUCAUUUGAAGGCGUUGCAUACCUGCAGUCCUACAAAGAAGGAUCAGGGAGAGUCAGCAACAAGUCAGAAACUGAGUUUUAAAGACCGGGUAAGAAUGGCAAGUCCACGUGGACAGAGCAUUAAAAGCAGGCAGACGUCUGUUACGGACAGGCGCUCGCCUGGAGCUGAAAUCAGCACUGAUGGAUCGAGUCCUGCCAAGGUCCAGAAGAGUUGGAGUUUUAAUGACCGCACCCGAUUCAGGCCCUCCCUCCGUCUCAAGAGCCAAUCACGGUCCACGCCCGAAGGUGAGGCUAACGUUACUGUGGAUGAGGCUUUUGAUGAGAAAGGAUGUCAUUGUGACAUGUCGGUGGAGGAUCUGCCGUCUGCGCUGAAGACCGUCAUCAGAGCAGUGAGGAUCAUGAAAUUCCAUGUGGCAAAGAAGAAGUUUAAGGAAACUCUGCGCCCAUAUGAUGUGAAGGAUGUAAUAGAGCAAUAUUCAGCUGGUCAUCUGGACAUGCUCUGCCGAAUUAAGAGUCUGCAAACCAGGUAGGACAAACCAACUAUACUGUAUAAAAAUUUUUCCAUCAUAUGCAUCAAAUUUCAUCUUUAAGUUAGAUGUACACUAUCGGUCAAAAGU